AUGUCCAUAACCUACAGACCAUAUGCGGGACCAUCCGACCUACCCGCUAUCAUUCACCUAGUAGAGACAGAGCUCAGUGAGCCGUAUGUCAUCUACACCUAUCGGUAUUUUCUUGAUGGUUGGCCACAUCUAGCAUACAUGGCCGAAACCUCCUCUCCUCCCGACACAGAGACAGACACAGAGACGCAUAUACCUACCAGCAAGAGCGCUCCGCGUGCAGUAGGCUGCGUAGUGUGCAAGCAAGACCUGCACGGGCCGCUGCAGACUAUGAGGGGGUAUAUUGCCAUGCUCUCCGUUUCCCCGCUGUAUAGACGAAGAGGGGUCGGUGCAGGCCUAGUGAGACUUGCUGUUAAGGGGAUGAAGUUUACCGGUGCGGAUGAGGUUAUGCUUGAAACGGAACAUGAUAACGCAUCCGCUUUGCGACUGUAUGAGCGGCUCGGGUUCAUAAGAGAAAAGCGGUUGUUCCGAUUUUAUUUGAAUGGGAAGGAUGCGUUCAGACUUGUUUUGGCGCCUGCUGAAGCUGAGAGGGGUUGGGAGGGGGUUGAAAUAGAGGGGGAGGGUGAUGAUCUCCCUAGUUAA